GACUCAUGCAUUGAUUUGCUUGCAUUUGCUAAGAGAAUUUGUCGUAAUUAUUUUGCUUCGUCAAGUCAAAGUGAUUUUAUUUUUCAUUUAAUUUCAUUUAUUGAAAAUAAAAAAUUAAAAUUUUGUGGACAAACAGGCUUUCAGUCACAAGCCAGUGGUCGUGUAAAAUUUGAAACAAAAAAAAUCCAAAGGAGCAAAUUAUAGACACAAAUUCUAAAGAAUUUCUCUGAAUUAAACGAGAAAUUUUGAAAAUUUUAAAUUGUAAAACAAAGCGCAGUGAAUCCUAAAGUGAUCAGGCAAUUUAAGCUGAUUAAAAACCAGUGAAAUUUAUCUUUUGUGUUAAAUUUAAAUAAAAAAAAGAAAAUUUGCAAAAAUGAUGGCCGUAGCAGCAGCUCAAAAAAAUCGCGAAAUGUUCGCUAUGAAAAAAUCUUAUAGCAUCGAGAAUGGAUAUCCAUCUCGUCGUCGUUCGCUUGUUGAUGAUGCUCGUUUCGAGACAAUCGUUGUGAAGCAGACCAAGCAAUCUGUGCUUGAGGAAGCCCGUGAAAAGGCUAACGACACAGCAUUAGAAAACUGUGUCAUUCAAGCUCAAGUUGACCAUCAAGUCCCUGAAGUUGAAAAUAUUGAAAUUGAGAUUCAAAAUGAGGAACAUGAAGCGUCCGAAGAGGAAACGGUUGUUGAUAAUGUUGAAAUUGAAGCAGCUUAUAAAGAUGAAGUUCAUGAUCAACACUUUAACGCCGAAUCCAAAGAUGAAGGUUUGACUGAAGAAGAGGUCGUUCUGUCCAAUGCCAUUGCUGCCUCAGCCGAAGCCGAACAGGCCGUUCAACGUGCCGCAUUGAUUGUUCGUCUUCGUGACGGCAUGAGCUCGUUGGGCCGCAUCCUGAAAUCCAUUGAGACACAUCACGGAGCCAUCGUCCAUUUGGAAUCACGUGCCUCGCGCGAAGAAGGCGUCCAGUAUGAUGUGUUGGUCAAGGUGGAUAUGUCGCGCGUGAAUCUGUUGCAAUUGAUCCGUACACUGAGACAAACCAAAUCGUUUGGCGGCGUUAAUUUGGUGGCUGAAGAUAAUAUCAGUGUGAAGGCACCGUGGUUCCCAAAGCAUGCAUCCGAAUUGGACAAUUGCAACCAUUUGAUGACCAAAUACGAACCCGAAUUGGACAUGAAUCAUCCCGGAUUCGCUGACAAAGUCUACCGUGAACGUAGAAGACACAUUGCAGAGAUUGCAUUCGCCUACAAAUAUGGUGAUGCCAUUCCCCACAUCGACUACACCGACGUUGAGCACAAAACUUGGGGCGCUGUUUUCCGCAUCGUUUUGGAUUUGAUGCCAAAGCAUGCGUGUGCCGAAUACCGACACGUUUUCGCCAAAUUGCAAAGCGAAGGAAUCUUCCGCGAAGAUCAAAUCCCACAAUUGGAAGACAUGAGCAACUUCUUGCGCAAAAAUACCGGUUUCACACUAAGACCGGCCGCUGGCUUAUUGACCGCUCGCGAUUUCUUGGCUUCGUUGGCUUUCCGAAUUUUCCAAAGUACCCAAUACGUGCGACACGUCAACUCACCGUACCAUACACCAGAACCCGAUUGCAUCCACGAACUAUUAGGUCACAUGCCAUUGUUGGCUGACCCAAAUUUCGCACAAUUCUCGCAAGAGAUCGGACUUGCCUCACUCGGUGCAUCGGAUGAAGAAAUUGAAAAACUAUCCACCGUAUACUGGUUCACAGUCGAAUUCGGUUUGUGCAAAGAGGCCGGAUGCGAUGACGUCAAAGCAUACGGUGCCGGUCUGCUCUCCUCGUACGGUGAACUGCUAAACGCACUCAGCGACAAACCGGAACUGCGUCCCUUCGAACCAGCGUCGACAGCCGUUCAAACCUAUCAGGAUCAGGAAUAUCAGCCGAUCUACUAUGUGGCCGAAAGUUUCGAAGAUGCCAAAGAGAAAUUCCGUCGAUGGGUGUCCACAAUGUCGCGUCCGUUCGAAGUGCGUUUCAAUCCACACACCGAACGCGUUGAAGUGCUGGACUCGGUGGAUAAAUUGGACAAUUUAGUAUCACAAAUGAACACAGAAAUUUUACAUUUAUCCAAUGCGAUCAACAAAUUGAGACAUCCAGUCUGUUAAGGAGAGUGUGGGAGGCCGAGAGCUGCGCAGAAGGCAGUGGAACGGUGAUGGGACAUUCCGUUUCCAGAUUGUUAUUAAUUUUUCGUGAAUUCUUUUUUCGGUCUUUUUUUCGGGGAGAUGAAAGUUGACCCGGAAAAAGGAUGUGAAAAAGAAGAUGCGAAAAGGUCUCUCCCACUUUUACUUAUUAAAUGUAACCCUAAUUUAUUGUUGGACCAAAAAAUAUUCAUCACAAUUAAGUAUAAUCUCACUCUCUCUCUCUAUAGAUAUUUAUCUCGCUAAAAACAAAAGCAAACAAAAAAGAGAAAAAAAAAAUUUAAAUUUUAGAAUUUAAAAUACGAAAAAUGAAAUGUUAGGAUGCUAGUUUUAACACUCGGACGGACACACAAAGAGAAAAGGAUAUGACGGACGGCGAGUCGUAUAGUUAAACUGGCGGCGGCGGCUUAAGUGUCGGCUAAAGUCAGUUUAAAACGCUGAAGACCUGAAAGAACU